AUGGAUGUUUUUGGUGCCUUUCUUUCCUCUUAUAUGAAGCCUCCUGCUGGCCUAAGCAUAAACCUGCAUUUAGGCUCAGUGAAGGAGCAAGAGAUGAGGCGCAUGUGUAUCUUUCUAACAGGUCGAGGUGGAGCUAAAAUAAGAGAACUUGAGGAGUCUUCAGGUGCUAGGAUACAGGUUAUAAAGAGAAUCUGUGAAGCUGAAGUAAAGAUUUUUGGCAGCAUUACUGUGCAAAACAAAGCCAAGAUGUUGAUUGAAGAUACUGUUACAAGACUUGGGCAAAACUACGCUAGAGAAAAACACUUGGAUCUUAUCAAGCCUGAAAGUACCCUGCAGAAAUCCGUGAUUAACUGGGCCUCCAUUCGAGAAAAUAAAGCUAGAUAUGAAGCUAUGAAGUGGGCAGACUUGCCUCCAAUUGAGAAAAACUUUUAUAAAGAGUCAUCAAGGACUGCAUCUAUGUCACAAGAAGAAGUGGAACUGUGGCGGAAAGAAAAUAAUAAUAUAAUUUGUAAUGACUUGAAAGAAGGUGAAAAGCGCUGCAUUCCCAAUCCUGUUUGUAAAUUUGAAGAUGUGUUUGAGCAUUAUCCUGAUGUUAUGGCUAAUAUCAGAAAAGUGGGUUUUCAAAAACCUACACCAAUUCAGUCCCAGGCAUGGCCAAUCAUACUCCAAGGAAUUGAUCUUAUUGGCAUAGCACAGACGGGUACUGGGAAGACAUUAGCCUACUUAAUGCCUGGAUUCAUUCAUUUGGAUUCACAACCAAUACCCAGAGAUCAGCGUCGGGGGCCGGGGAUGUUAGUCCUUGCUCCCACUCGAGAACUGGCGCUUCAAGUUGAGGCUGAGUGUUCAAAGUACACAUACAAAGGAAUUAAAAGUAUUUGCAUAUAUGGUGGAGGGGACCGAAAAGGACAGAUAAACGUGGUUACCAAAGGUGUGGAUAUUGUUAUUGCUACUCCUGGCAGACUGAAUGAUCUUCAAAUGAACAGCUUCAUAAAUCUGAAGAGCAUAACAUAUUUGGUUUUAGAUGAGGCUGACAGAAUGUUGGAUAUGGGAUUUGAACCUCAGAUAAUGAAGAUCCUAAUAGAUGUGCGGCCUGACAGACAGACCGUGAUGACGAGUGCUACUUGGCCUGAUGGUGUUCGUCGCCUAGCAAAAUCCUAUUUGAAAAAUCCUAUGAUUGUAUAUGUUGGCACUCUUGAUUUAGCAGCAGUAAACACGGUAGAACAGAGAGUUGUUGUCAUCCCAGAAGAAGAAAAGAGAGCUUUCACACGAUACUUCAUUGACUCUAUGAAGCCAAAAGAUAAGGUCAUCAUUUUCGUCGGAAAGAAACUUACAGCCGAUGACUUAGCAAGUGACUUUGGUCUCCAAGGAAUUCCAGUUCAGUCGCUUCAUGGUAACAGAGAGCAGUGUGAUCGAGAACAGGCUUUAGAUGACUUCAAGAAAGGCAAGGUCAGAAUACUGAUAGCUACUGACUUAGCAUCCCGUGGUCUUGAUGUGCAUGAUAUCACUCACGUUUUUAACUUUGACUUCCCUCGAAACAUUGAAGAAUAUGUUCAUAGAGUAGGUCGCACUGGACGAGCGGGACGUACUGGGGAGGCAGUAACGCUUGUCACUAAGAACGAUUGGAGAGUUGCGUCUGAGCUGAUUGACAUUCUGGAAAGAGCAAACCAAGCAGUUCCUAGUGAGCUUAUUUCAAUGGCAGAAAGAUACAAACAAUUUCAGCUCAAAAAAGAAAUGGAAAGGGAUGUGAGAAGACCUCAGAGACGGCCUCCAAAAGGAUUGUAAUCGCCUUGAAGUUACUGAAACAAAGUAAGUGAUUAUAGGUAGUGUUAGCAUCUAUGGAUUUACACUAGUUUAAAAACCCAAAAAUGUGGAUUAAUUUUAUAUAGAAACAAAUUUGGUUUUGUGCCCAGGCAUUAUUUUAACUUAAGAAAAAUUAAUUUCAGGACUACUUCCUUAACACGUAUAGCUUCUGAAGCCAUUAUGUACUGGUUAAAAGCAAAUGCUUUUCUUGCUUCUUAAAAUGAAUCGCAGUGUUAGCCUAUGAGAAUGUAAAAGAUAAUUUUUCCUUUUAUUUUCAGAGAACUGGAUUAGUGAAUGUAAGCGCUACUUGUUGAUGUGGUUUCAAAAUACUGCACUUCUCUGUUGGUAUGCCACAUCUGUCAGUGGCAUGCAAGAGUAUUUCUAAUGUUAACUUACAGUUACUUGAAAGAUGCUGUGUUUGCAUAACUGAUGCUUGCUGAAGCAAGUAUUUCGUAUUUUAAAACUAAUACUGAAAGCCAUUUUUGUUAACACUUGUGUCUCAGACUUUUUUGAGAGAAGACUGCAUUUCUUCUCAGUGGAGAGGAGCACAUAACAAGAGGUCUGUGUUUAUGGCUAACUGAGAAAAGGAACUUCCACUUUUGCACUCAGGGAUGUAAUGUUGUUAGCUUAAGGGGGGAAGGAAGUAGUUUACCACAGUGAUGUUAAGAGAGUCCUGAAGAGCAGCUUGGACGUUUGAAGGUCAGCUUUACUUCUUUCAGAUGAAGUCGAUUCAAGUCGUACACUUGGAUGUCAGGUUCUUUCACACAGACUGCUAAUGGUAAUGGAGUAUCCUCUUACUCUCUGGAAGUUGGAAGGGAACAGACUAUUUCUAUACAAAUGACAUUGGUCUGAACUUGUGUUUACUUGUGUGUGUCAUAUCAGCAAAUGGAAAACUAAUAAAUGUAGUGAAUGAGAAUAUUUUAGUAAGAUAAUUCUCAGAAGCGUC